UCCGCCUGCACCGUCAUGGGCUGGGGCAGCACCAGCAGCCCCCAAGAGUCGUACCCGGAGGUCCCGCAGUGCCUCAAUGUCACCGUGCUCGGGGACAGCGCCUGCGGUGACGCCUACGAGGGACAGGUGACAGCGGACAUGCUGUGCGCAGGUGUGCCCGAGGGCGGCAAGGACUCCUGCCAGGGUGACUCCGGGGGCCCGCUGCUGUGCCAGGGCCAGCUCCAGGCCGUGGUGUCCUGGGGUGCUCACCCCUGUGGUCAGCCCGGCCGGCCGGGGGUCUACGCCCGCGUCCAGCCCGCCCUGGCCUGGAUCCGAGAGGUCACCGGACUGACCGGAGACCCCGAGUGUGACCCCGAGUGACCACGGAGUGACCACAGACACCAUGGAGCGACCGCUGACCCCU